GCUCCCAGCCCCGGGCCCUGCGGAGGCUGGCAUCCGGCCCCACACCAUGCGAAGGGGACAUCGAGGUCUUCCACGAGGGCCAGUGGCAGGGGGGGCUGUGCGACAACAGGACCCUGCGGGCGCAGUGGGGCAGGGAGCUGUGCCAGGAGCUGCGCUGUGGGAACCUCUCCUCCAGCACCGAAAUCCGGGACCCCCCGUCCACGGGGGUCACUUGUGGGGUCCCCAACCUGCACCUCUGCCCCAUCACGCGCACCCAGAGCUGCUCCAGGAUCCGAGUCGUGUGUCAGGACUCGAAGCCACAUCCCACCGGCACGGCCGCAGGUACCAUCGUGAGCAUCUGCCUGGCCCUGCUGCUCUUCGGCAUCCUCUUGCUCAUCUGUGGUCCUCCUGCUUAUAGGAGGCUGAUGAAGAGAAUGUCCAGAAAGAAGCAGCGCCAAUGGAUCGGCCCCACGGGACUCAACCAGACAGUUUCCUUCCACCGCAACAGCACCAUCACCCAGAGGCCACGGGCAGAGGGGCAGCGGGUGCAGGGGGGGGACAACGACUACGCUCAGCCCCCCCCGAAGAGCUCCUACACCUCGGAGUACCCAGCCCUGGAGCGAGCGUUCAGACCUUCCAACCCUCCGGAUAACUCCUCGGACAGUGACUACGACCUGCACUCUGCCCGCAGACUGUGA